UAUGAGCUUAUAUACACAUAUGAGAGCUGCCGGCUUUAGGGGUAGAGCUCACCGUUAAACAUGGGUGGGAGAACCCCUCUUCUUGUCCUCACCUUUUCUCUUGCUGUUCUGAGCAUUGAGUUUGGGAUUUCUCAUGGCUGCCGAGAGACGGAGAGGAAAGCCCUCAUCGACUUCAAGCGUGGACUUCAUGAUCCUUCCAAUCGUCUCUCUUCCUGGGUCGGGGAGGACUGUUGUGCGUGGGAAGGAGUUGGCUGCAGCAACAUCUCUGGUCAUGUUAUCAAGCUGGAUCUUCGAAAUAGACGACGAAUGCAUCUAUAUGAAGACUGCACUCAUCAGGAGGUGUACUACUUGUCGGAUGAUGACCCAGGAUGCAAAUGGGCAGUGCGUGGUGACAUAACUCCAUCACUGCGUUCUCUCCAACAACUUAAUCGCCUGGACCUCAGCGGCAACUAUUUUAUGCAUAAACCUAUCCCCAAGUUCUUGGGAGCUUUCAGAAGACUAACAUAUCUUAACCUCUCAGGUGCAGGCUUCGUGGGUAGAGUACCUGACCAGCUCGGAAAUCUAUCCACUUUGCAGCACCUCGACCUUUCUUAUAACCGCUAUUGGGAUGAUGAAGGUGAUGGCUUCUUCAGCUUGUACCUUGAGAACACGAGAUGGAUCUCUAUGCUCACUUCCCUUCGGCACCUUAACAUGAAUUGGGUCAAUUUGACAAAUGCAUCCAACUGGUUGCAAGAUUUGAACGUGCUACCGCGUGUUCAAGAGAUUGAAUUAAGUUCUUGUGACUUAGGGACCUUUCCUCGUUCGUUGUCUCAUAUAAACUUCACAUUUCUCAUCACUCUUGAUUUACGAGGUAAUGAUAUAAACUCCACCAUACCAGAUUGGGUGUUCAAUAUUACUAGCCUCGAGUUCCUUUAUCUUGGUGGGAAUGACCUGCAUGGAUUCUUUCCUGAUUCUGUUACAAAGUUAACGUCUCUCAGGGCACUCGACUUGUCUGGGAGUGUGGUCCAAGAUGGCUUCAUGCAGCUAGCUCCUAUAUCCAAUCUCUGCAAGCUCCAAAUUCUCUACCUGAGCCAAGUGCCUAUCAAUGAUGUGCUUGCCAAUCUAGAAAUGGUUUUCUCUAGAUGUCUUAAGUAUAGCAUCGAGGAAUUGGAUCUCAGCGACACCCAGCUGAGUGGUUCCUUUCCGGAUUGGCUAGGGAACAUCAAGAAUCUCAAAUCUCUUGAUCUUUCUUUCAACUCCCUCUAUGGAUCAGUGCCUGCAUCUAUCGGGAAUCUAUCAUUGCUGCAACAUUUAGUUUUAUAUUCCAAUGAUUUGAAUGGGACGAUUUCGAAAGGCAUCGGACAACUGAAGAGCCUUGUUGAUUUGGAUCUCUCCAAUAACUCGUUGAGCUUAUCGGAGGAUGACUUGGUUAAUCUAUCGAGUUUGAAGUAUUUGGACAUUUCGUACAACUUCAUUGAAUUGAACAAAAGCGAUGAUUGGAUCCCUCCUUUUCAGCUUCAAAGCCUCUCCAUGGAUUUCUGUCAAAUAGGGCCCACGCCCCAAUUUCCAAAAUGGCUCCGAACACAAACCAUUCUUCAUCGAUUACAAUUGUCAAGUGCAAGUAUCAAAGAUAUGUUUUUCGAGAGGCUUCCUUCAAGUCUUGAGUAUUUGGAUCUCUCCAAUAAUGAGAUCACUUAUGAUGCACAACAAUAUUUUCCAAAUCUAAUUAUGUUGGAUCUCAGAAAUAAUUCUUUAUCCGGACAUCUUCCUCCAAAAAUAUUAAACAUGAUGCCAAGACUCAAAUAUUUGGAUCUCUCCAACAACAAGAUUACUGAGGUAAAAGACAUGAUUCUCGAUGGGCGUCCUUCUAGUCUUGAGCAUUUGGAUCUUUCUUAUAACUCUCUCAAUCGAUCACAACUUGUAUCUCUUGGAAACCUCUCUAUGCUGCGAUCUUUGGAUUUAGGAUCCAACAAUUUGAAGGGGAUGCUUCCGGAAGGCAUCAAAUGGUUGAAGGGCCUCGUAGAUUUGGAUCUCUACGAUAACUCAUUGAGCUUAUCGGAGGACGACCUGGCUAAUCUAUCGAGUUUGAAAUAUUUGGACAUUUCUUACAACUUCAUUGAAUUGGAUAAAAGCGAUGAUUGGAUCCCUCCUUUUCGGCUUCAAAGUCUCUUCAUGGAUUUCUGCCAAAUAGGGCCCACGCCCCAAUUUCCAAAAUGGCUCCGAACACAGACCACUCUUCGUGAUUUAGAUUUAUCAAGUGCAGGUAUCAAAGACAUGUUUUUCGAUAGGCUUCCAUCUAGUCUUGAGUAUUUGGAUCUCAGAAAUAAUUAUUUAUCCGGACAUCUUCCUCCAAAAAUAUUAAACAUGAUGCCAAGACUCAAAUAUUUGUAUCUCUCCAACAACAAGAUUACUGAAGUAAAAGACAUGAUUCUCGAUGGGCAUCCUUCUAGUCUUGAGUAUUUGGAUCUUUCUUAUAACUCUCUCCAUGGAUCACAACUUGUAUCUCUUGGAAACCUCUCUAUGCUGCAAUCUUUGGAUUUAGGAUCCAACAAUUUGAAUGGGAUGCUUCCGGAAGGCAUCAAAUGGUUGAAGGGCCUCGUCGAAUUGGAUCUCUACAAUAACUCGUUGAGCUUAUCGGAGGUCCAAUUGGCUAAUCUAUCAAGUUUGAAAUAUUUGGACAUUUCAUACAACUCUAUAUACUUGAACAAAAGCGAUGAUUGGAUCCCUCCCUUUCAGCUUAACACCCUUCGCUUGGGAUUCUGUCAAAUAUUGCCCAGGCCCCAUUUUCCGAAAUGGCUCCGAACACAAACCACUCUUGGUGAAUUAGAUUUAUCAAAUACAGGUAUGAAAGGAACGAUUCCCAACUGGCUUCCAUCCGGUCUCGAGUAUUUGGAUCUCUCCAAUAAUAUGAUUGGCGGUGAUGUACCAUAUUAUUUUUCAAAUCUAACUACGUUGGAUCUCAGCAAUAACUCGUUAUCAGGAUAUCUUCCUCUAAACAUAUCAAACAUGAUGCCAAGUCUGGAAUAUUUGUCUCUCUCCAACAACAAGUUUACGGGUGAGAUGCCACAAUUCUUUCCAAAACUGAGAUAUUUAUUUCUUUCAAAUAACUCAUUCUCUGGGAAUCUUUCAACAAGAAUCACAAAUACCAUGCCAACUUUACAAUGGUUCGAUAUAUCUACGAAUAAUAUGAGUGGUGAGAUUCCCUUUUCUUAUUGUCAAUUGAGGAAUUUGGAAGGGCUUCAGCUUUCUGAGAAUAAUUUGUCAGGAGAGGUUCCUAAUUGCUGGAAAAAUUCCUCAAAUUUACUUCUUUUAGACUUAUCAAGCAACAAAUUAGUAGGUGGAGUCCCUGAUUCGCUCUGUAAUUUGCAAACUCUAGAGUCACUGCACUUGAGUCACAAUAAUUUAUCCGGGCCAAUUCCUCAUUGUUUAAAGAGUUGCACAGAACUAGCUACUCUCGACUUGGGCCACAACAAUUUUAUUGGGAACAUACCAACUUGGAUUGGAGAAGGCCUAUUGUACCUGAAGACGCUUAGCUUACGCUCGAAUGCCUUCAACGGCAGUAUUCCUCGAUUAUCUUCUCUACCAUCUCUUCGUAUCUUGGAUCUCUCCAAUAACAAUCUUUCAGGAACAAUACCACAGAGCUUUGGAGACUUAAAUGCAUUGAAAAGCGUUCCUAUGUAUCAUUGUUGUUACUUCAAAACCACUCAUCUCUACGAGGAAGAUAUGUGGCUUAUUAUAAAAGGAAGAGAAAUUAAGUAUACAACCAUCAGACAACUUUCAAUUGAUACACUUAUUGAUCUCUCCAACAAUUACUUAUCUGGAAACAUUCCUGAAGAAUUGGGGAAUUUGCAUGGAUUGCGGAGCUUAAAUCUGUCCAGAAAUAUCCUUAUAGGUCAGAUACCAUGGAGCAUUGGCAGAAUGAAACAACUAGAAGUCCUCGAUCUCUCAAGAAAUAAUCUCUCGGGUGCAAUUCCUUCCGGUUUGGCGACCUUGAAUUUCUUAGACCAUUUGAAUUUAUCAUAUAACAAUCUUUCAGGAAGCAUUCCCACUAGCAACCAAUUGCAAACUUUUACUGAUCCAUCUAUCUACAUUGGCAAUCCAUAUCUUUGUGGCCCUCCUCUGCCCAUAAAUUGUACGGUAAAUAUAGCGAAGGCCAUUGAAGAAGAGCAAAAUAAAAAUUCUUCUGAGAGCAGAAUGGAAACACUUUGGUUAUACACGAGCAUCACGCUAGGAUUUAUUACCGGAUUUUGGAUGAUUUGUGGAAGUCUUUUGUUACGACGGACAUGGAGGAUCACGUACUUUCGUGCCAUUGAUAACAUGAUUGACAAGCUAUACGUGGUGAUGGUAGUGACCGUAGCAAAAUACAGAAGGAAGCUAUGAUAACUCUGUUGUUAGAGGGGGUCGACAUAAUUCAUCCGACUUAAGCAAUAGCAAUGGUAUUGGUAUCGAUCAGUAUGUGAUACGCUCAUGGUUUGCAUGUCUUUUCAUAACACACCGUCACAUGAUUUUAAUUUUUCCUUUUUGUGCAUACUAUAGUGACUCUGUUAUAUGAUCUGUGAUGUAUGUCUACGUAGUUGUUUGUCAAAACUUUAUGUCAUCAAAAUACGAGUCCUCUGUCUAUGGUUUAUGAGC